CUGCGUUCGCGCCGCCGCCCUCUGCUCCCGCGUGUCGGCCGCUUCGGCUCCUCUCGUCGCGGAAGGGAUCCAUAGGGAAGAGCUCAGGCUGACUCCAGUAAGACCCUGGCAUCACCACAAUUCUUGAAUCUGAACUCAGCUUGAGGAGAACCCAUUGUAAGAGCCAGUAAAUCCUGUGGAAAAUGGCCUUCAGUGAUCUUACGUCAAGAACCGUGCGUCUAUAUGAUAGCUGGCUCAAAGAUGCUGAUCCAAGAGUCGAAGACUGGUUCCUCAUGUCCUCACCUCUGCCACAAACCAUCGUCCUGGGACUCUAUGUCUAUUUUGUCACUUCUCUAGGACCAAAGCUCAUGGAGAAUCGAAAGCCCUUUGAACUCAAGAAAGUGAUGAUAACAUACAAUUUUUCCAUAGUUCUCUUUUCUGUGUAUAUGUGUUAUGAGUUUGUGAUGUCUGGCUGGGGUACAGGUUAUUCACUUCGGUGCGAAGUUGUUGACUACUCCCAGUCACCUUCAGCAUUGAGGAUGGCACGCACCUGCUGGCUUUAUUACUUCUCCAAAUUUAUUGAGCUCUUAGAUACUAUCUUUUUUGUUCUGCGUAAGAAAAAUAGCCAAGUGACUUUCCUGCAUGUCUUCCAUCAUACCAUCAUGCCAUGGACCUGGUGGUUUGGAGUCAAAUUUGCCGCAGGUGGUUUGGGAACAUUCCAUGCCUUUCUAAAUACAGCCGUACAUGUAGUCAUGUAUUCCUACUAUGGGCUCUCUGCACUGGGACCAGCCUUCCAGAAGUAUCUAUGGUGGAAAAAAUAUUUGACAUCAUUACAGCUUGUCCAAUUCAUUAUUAUCACUAUCCACGUAGGCCAGUUCUUUUUCAUGGAGGAUUGCAAGUACCAGUUUCCAGUCUUUCUGUACAUCAUUUUGAGUUAUGGGUGCAUCUUUCUGCUGCUCUUUCUCCAUUUUUGGUACCGUGCUUACACCAAAGGCCAGAGGCUGCCCAAAACUGUGAAAAAUGGAAUCUGCAAAAGCAAAGAUCACUGAAAUGCAAGCACGACACGAAUCUAUGAAUGAGACUGGUAUCUUACUUUCCUUGACAAUCAAGAGCUUUAUGACAAAUCAAGUGCAUUUUGUAUAUUUUUCAAAACCAAGAGCUUGUAUUUUUAUGAUAAGUUAUUGGGGUUUCUGAUAUUUGAGAGCCCAAGGUCCCAGGUAACAGAGAGCCUAAAGCAGGUAGUUUUUCAGCUGCUUUUAAACCUAAUCUAAAGGUUUUAUUUAAUGCAUUUUGUUAUGGUGAAAGGAGGAUAUGAAACAGUAUCGUACUUUUCAAAGAAGUCCAGUAUAGAUGAAAAUAUCAUCAGGUAUUUUGACCGUGGACAGAGAUCCAUGCCCUACUAUAGAUUCCUUCUGCCAGCUCUGAAAACCUCUGACUGGGAAUUUUGGCUGUUGAUUAUAUUCAGAAGACACUGUAUUUACUCUAAAGUUAAAUUCCUAUCCUAAAGAGCUAACACUGGUGAAUAUUAAGUGAAUUUUUUGUAAAUUGUCAUUUAACAUCACUGACAGUAAUUUUUAAUGGAUCUCUUGUGUAGCCACCACCAGUUUCACUGAUAAGACUUCCCUACAACACUUUUGUCGUAUAUACUGUUUAAAUGUAACAAUUCUUUCGGUUAGUACCUUGAUGCACUUAACACGAAGGUUAAGUUAAUAUUUUGAAAAUAAGAGGAUUUGUUCUGUAGCUUAAGGAGCACUGUGCUAUUCCUAUUUUGCAGUUAACUUUGUGUAUUUCUGGAAAGAGGUGAAAUUUGUCAAUGGAAUAAGUACUCUGUACUCUGUAGUUCAGUGGGAAAAAUCUGUUGUAUUAUAACAUCACUUUCUCAUAUUGUUAUGGCUUAAAGGAUUAUCUUGUUAAUAUGUAUUGGUUACAUAUGUAAAUGUUCAAAUCCUUAGCACAAUGCAGGUACCCUUAAAUCAUAAAUGAUUUCAGACCUCCCACUAUACACAGUUUCCAGAGAUGAGUUAGAGUUCUUUGUGAAGCAACUGGAGGAAAAUGGUUGCACAGAAAUUCUCCAGGGACUAUGUAUGGUUAUGGUAAGGGUCUCAAAGAGAGAAAGAGCCUGUUUAAUAGUUGGUAUAGAUACACUGCAUGGAGAAAUGUUUCCCAGAGUUAUGAAUUAAUUAAUAGCCUGGAUUUCUUUUUUCAAACCUAUAAAUUAUAUAAUGAAGACUUGAAAUUCAUUUUGCCUACUUUUGUUUUUUCACAAUUACUGCUUUCUAAAAUUCUCUUCUUUUCCUAUUUUCUUGCUGGCAAACUGAAACUACUGGUCAAUAGACUUUUGUGUCAGAAACAAUGAUAUUUGGACAUUUCUGAAUUUUUCGCUAUUGGUUUUUCAUUCUUGUUAUAUUAUACUUGAUUUUGAAGGACUGCUUAUGCCUAUAUGACUUUAAACAAUUAAUACUUAUGGGUCUCAUUUAUGUAACACACAGUGAUAGCAUUAUCCAUCAGAGCCUGAGUUUUUCCUCACUGUGAAUUCUUAUAGUUUGAUGUGUCACGCCAAGUAUUUAAUCUAUACCAUGGUCUUCUCUCUCACACUUACCAGAUUUAUAAGGUUAUUUGCUUUUAAGUGACCUUUACUGAUUUCACUUGCUUACAAUAUGAGAAGAUAAGAGUUGAUAAAUGGGGGAAAUAUUUAUUUUCCUCAAAAAAAAAAAAAA